GCGUCUUACUGGCAUUGAUGGUGUUGCCACGGAAAUUGUAAACAGAAUCAGAACUGCAGAUAAGAAUUGCUGUCUUCAAAUAUACAUAAUGGCUGACUCACCUAAUAGGUCCAAUCCUGGGUCUCCAGACACAGAUGUCUCCGGCAAGAAAUCAAGACAAGCUAUCUCUGGGCAAUCAGGACGCGUAACCUUUCCUAACUCUGCAAAAUCUGGAUCAAGUCGUUCCAUUAUGUCAGCUGAUGAUGCGGGCACCCAGGGUAAUCCAUUUAAGAUGGCCCCAGACAGUGACAUCUUUGUCCUCCGAGAUAAGGAGAGGCAAAGAAAAAAACAGGAAAGACUUCGGCAAAGAGGAUUACACGUACAUGAAAAAACAACAUAUUCAUCGAAAGUGAACUUCCGUACUGCUUCCAUGAUUCGGCCGGCUGAUUCUGAUGAGGAAAAAGAGGGUGAAGACGGUGAUAAAACUGUGUCAGUUAAAGAUGACCCACAAUACACAAUCAGAGUGACAAGAGAUCGACACGUGGAAAAAGAGUCCUUGGCAGAGUACAUCGCCAAAAAGAGGGAAAUGUUUCUUGUACAGUACUCCCUUGGUGUGAAGCGUGAUGAGAUGAAAAAGCUGGAGGAGAUGGCACAGAAGGAGGAGAAGAAACUGGAGCUGGCAGAACAGUAUCUGGAAGAGGAUGCCGCCAUGUUUGAUGAAUUUCUCAAGGAAAAUGAUGCCAACUCUGCUGAGGCAGUGCGAGAGGCUGAGAAUGAAACAAAAGCAAAAUUGGAGAAAGUGGCAGAGGUCAAGAAAAUCAACACACAGAUGAUGACUAUCAAAUCUGAAAUUUCAAAAUACGAAGACACAUUGAAAGAGUACCAGCUUUACAGAAAGUUUCUGGACAGCCUCACACCUCAGGAAACAAGAGAAGUGAGAGAUCUCAAAAGACAGAAAAGAAGGAAGGAAAAACAACGAGAGUUUGAGAAAAAUAUGCAGGUUAUGAAGAAGAGUGGUGCAGCCCUAGACAAAACAAAAAAGAAGUUGCCACCGAAAUCUGAUACUGUAUCAAAAAUAGGAUCAGCCACAAAAAAACCAGAUCAGGAGAGUGUUAUGUCGGCAAUGUUUGACUCGGACGAUGACAGUGAUGAGGAUUUGGACCUGUUCUUCAGUGACCCCCAUCAAUUGUUAGAUAUAUUUGCUGAGUUAGAGGAACAGAACCUGUCAUUAAUUCAAAACAGUCAAGAAACAGAGGAGGCAUUGGAGGAGAUGAAACAUAAUAUAAAAUUAACUAAACUUAAGAUGGAGAAGGAAACACAAAUAUUAAAAGAUCAAAUAGACAAAUUAAACACACAGAUUUAUAAAGAGGAAGCACGAGCGGAGGAUUUAAAAAUCAAAGCCAACAUAUUCAUUCUAGCUUUUAGCGCUUUCGUGAAAUCUGCACCUCCUAUACAAAAAGAUAGAGGUAUAGCUUCUACACACCGGAAGAAACUCGAAAACGAAUUAAUGUUUUCGUAUGGUGAGUUCAAGGCAGAGGACCAGGAGAAGAUGUUACAGGCUCUGAACAAGAAGGUGGAGGAAGUAUACAGAAGUUGUAUCGGUGACAAUGAGGCAAACAUUAGUACAUUACAGAUGCUCACCAACAUAGAAAAUCGACUCGAGGAAUUGUUUGAACAAAUUGAAACGAUGCCUCAGGACAAGGUGGAAGCAGCAGAAAAGGCCAAGGAGAAGGAGAGGCGGCUAAAGCUGAGGGAGGAGAAGAUAGAACAACAACGGAUACACCAAGAAGAGCGGGUCCGGAAGGCGCUCGAGAGGGCCAAGGCCGAACCAAAGAAACAGACUGGGAGGAAGCUUGUGUUCCGAUCAGAACCGCCCAGACACAAAAAGAAAGAGGACGAGAGAGAUGACCAGGCGUCUAGGGAGGAGGAAGAGCUAGCAUAUUUCUUCCAAUAUUGAUUUAUUUGUGUAUAGACAUUUUGCAUAACUUUUAAAACGCAAUUGGGACUGAACAAUCUUGCCUUCUUUUGACGGUUUUUGAGAAACAUGUCCUUUAAGUUGGUUUCAGAGAUUGAUAGAACCAGUUUCAGGUGAACUUUUUGCAGCUAGUGUAACAUGUGUUGGGUUUUCAUCAUCACUUGUCACGAGAAGGACAUCAUCACUUGUCACGAGUGUCACGAGAAGGACAUCAUCACUUGUCACGAGAAGGACAUCAUGCAGAAUCAACCUAUUUUGAAUGUGUUUUUGUUAAUGAUGUAUGUUGUGAUGUUUAUGUAAUUAAGAACUCUGUGAUAAUGAUAACGUGUAUGUAAAUUGUUAUGUGUUUGUGAUGGUAUUUAUAUUUUGAUAUCAUUAUGUCUUGUGUAAUUGUCUAUUAAAGACAGAGUCAUCAAUAUUCAUGAACUGCCAAAUAAAUUGAAAUAAAAAAAUAAUAUCAAAACCUUAAAAUAAAAAAUCGUAAAACAUA